GGGGUGCACCAGGGAGUCGAGGCGCCACCGCGGGUUUCGAUUAGUGCUCGGAGCUGCGGCGGCUGAGCAGGGCUCGGAUCUGUGCUGCCAGGAGCUCAGCCACUAGGCUGCGGGAAGGCGGAAGGGGCAGCGGCGGAGGGGGCGUAGGCGCGCAGGGUCCGGCCCGCGGCGCCGAGGCGGGGGAGAGGCGAGCCGGAGCGUGGGGCCACGGCCUCCCUGAUCACCGAGCCCGGCCACCGCAGCGCCUGUAGCCGCGAGCGCGCCCAGGCCAGCGCGCGGGCGAGUGCGCGCGGGCGGGGGCGCGCAGGCCCUGCCCGCCCCUUCCGUCCCCACCCCCCUCCUCCCCUUCCUCUCCCCACCUUCCUCUCCCCUUCUGCGCCCCCGCGCCGGGCGCCCACCCUGUCGUCCUCCUACGGGAGCGCUGUCCGCGGCGGCGGCCGGAGCGGGCCGGGCCGGGCCGGGGGAUGGCGCUGCUGGACCUGGCCCUGGAGGGAAUGGCCGUCUUCGGGUUCGUCCUCUUCUUGGUGCUGUGGCUGAUGCAUUUCAUGGCCAUCAUCUACACCCGAUUACACCUCAACAAGAAGGCAACGGACAAACAGCCAUAUAGCAAGCUCCCAGGGGUGUCUCUUCUGAAACCACUGAAAGGAGUCGAUCCUAACCUGAUCAACAACUUGGAAACGUUCUUUGAAUUGGAUUAUCCCAAAUAUGAAGUGCUCCUCUGUGUCCAAGACCAUGAUGAUCCAGCCAUUGAUGUAUGUAAGAAGCUUCUUGGAAAAUAUCCAAAUGUCGAUGCUAGAUUGUUCAUAGGUGGCAAAAAGGUUGGCAUUAAUCCUAAAAUUAAUAAUUUAAUGCCAGGAUAUGAAGUUGCAAAGUAUGAUCUUAUAUGGAUUUGUGAUAGUGGAAUAAGAGUGAUUCCAGACACACUCACAGACAUGGUUAACCAGAUGACAGAGAAAGUGGGCCUGGUCCACGGGCUGCCGUAUGUAGCAGACAGACAGGGCUUUGCCGCCACAUUAGAACAGGUGUAUUUUGGAACCUCUCAUCCAAGGUCCUAUAUCUCUGCCAAUGUAACUGGUUUCAAAUGUGUGACGGGAAUGUCUUGUUUAAUGAGAAAGGAUGUGUUAGAUCAAGCAGGAGGGCUUAUAGCUUUUGCUCAGUACAUUGCUGAAGAUUACUUUAUGGCUAAAGCAAUAGCUGACCGAGGCUGGAGGUUUGCCAUGUCCACUCAAGUUGCAAUGCAAAACUCUGGUUCAUACUCAAUUUCUCAAUUUCAAUCCAGAAUGAUCAGGUGGACCAAAUUGAGAAUUAACAUGCUUCCUGCUACAAUAAUUUGUGAGCCAAUUUCAGAAUGCUUCGUUGCCAGUUUAAUUAUUGGAUGGGCAGCCCACCAUGUAUUUAGAUGGGAUAUUAUGGUAUUUUUCAUGUGUCAUUGCCUGGCGUGGUUUAUAUUUGACUACAUUCAACUCAGGGGUGUCCAGGGCGGCGCACUGUGUUUUUCAAAACUUGAUUACGCGGUCGCUUGGUUCAUCCGUGAAUCCAUGACAAUAUACAUUUUUUUGUCGGCAUUAUGGGACCCUACGAUAAGCUGGAGAACUGGCCGCUACAGACUGCGCUGUGGAGGCACCGCCGAGGAGAUCCUGGAUGUAUAACUGCAACUCUGUGACUGUACAUAAAGGAAAAAAGAGAAGUAUUAUAAAUUAUGUUUAUAUAAAUGCUUUUAAAAAAUCUACCUUCAGUAGUUUUAUCACAUGUAUGUUUUGGUAUCUGUUCUUUAAUUUAUUUUGCAUGGCACUUGCAUCCGUGAAAAGGAGGAAAAAAAAAAAAAACACAUCCGUAGUCUUGGCCAAAUGGUUAUAGUUUAUUUUGUGGAAGUAGAGAAUCAAGAGAAUUGGUUCUAGGAACCUGGGUUCAGUUUUUGUUGUUGUUUGUUUGUUUUUUUUAAAAAAUACAUACAUACAUAAAUAUAUAUGUAUAUGAGUGUUCUGCAACAAACUCUAUGACAGUAUCCUUCAGUAGAGAAAGUUUCUUCUUGGUGAGUACACUCUUUUGGAUCAUGUGUGGGGUGGCCGCAGCUUUGCGUAGGGGGUUAGAAAAGACUAGAAGGUAAUCCCUUUGCAUGUCUAAAGUAAGAGGUUAUUAUGCAGUGAACAGCCCGAGGGAUGUACCAACUGAGAAACUUUUUCAUGCUUUAUGCCUACCUCUUGUAGUCGUUGCAGAGCAAAUAUAAAUUGUAAUAUGGUAGCUAGCUAGGCCUUGCAAAAACAAAUGGAAAAACUUUACAGAGAAUAAUAAUAACAAGAGAGCUGGAGUCUAGUAUUUAUAUGAAUCUGUGAGAAAUAUUUUUUUGGUCUCACUGCAAUGAACCAAAAGUGAUUGAGUUUGGUUUUUAAUGGUAGCCAUGUCUUAAAGGCAUCUUUUUGACCAACUCUUGUUGGUUCUGUCUUGAACCAUUGUUAAUCACUGUGCUGGUAAAUCUUUCCUUCCCUGCUUUUCACCUGACCCACCCCUGUCUUUCCUUAAUGUUCUUGGGGCGGGGGGGUUAUUUUAGAGUGAGUGGAUGUUUUGAUAGUUGUGAGGAAAAUUGCAUUUCAGACACAUUUCACACAUGAGCUAUUUUCUUACACAGUAUGUCUUAUUGUUAAAAAAAAAAGAAUGUAAUUUCAUGAUACAGGUAUUUAAUAUCUUUUUUAAGUAAAUAAAUAUUCUAGCCAUCAAUAAAUAAAUUGCAGUAGAGUAUUAGGAGGGGACAGGCUGAGUUUUACUCUUCAGAUUAAUCAGUAUCAAACUAAGUCUACUGUGUGUGUUUUUUUUUUUUUUUUUUAAAUUUACGGUUAGUCUAGUCUUAUUUAAACUGGACUUUUGUUUCCAGUUUGUAUGACAAAAUAGACUAGAUCAGUGCUGGUUGUACAUGCAUGCUGUGUUUCUCUUCUCUUCCAUCAUGCCGCUAAACUUGCUUGUCAGGUUGUGCUUAUCUUGUGGUGAACUGGACUUGUUUUUGUUUAAAAAAAAAAAAACAGGCAAACAUGUAAAGGACAGUGCAUAAGCCUUUCUUUCUUUCUUUCUUUUUUUUUAUUUUUGCCUUUUUUUCGGUAGCAGACUUUUUGCUUUUUCUUCAGGAUUGGAUGGCAUGUUGUCCAUAUGAACGCCUCCCACAGGGCUGACACUGGCCAUAUGGCAGCUUUAGACUCUUUAAGUUCCUCCAGUUUCCAUGUCCAAGCCUGAUGUGUCACAUAUUAGCCAUAACUACGUUUUUUUUUUUUUUUUUGAUGAACACUCUUUCACCUCACUGAGCCAAUUUCAUUUAAUUGUCCAGUAAGUAUCUGCAUGGUUGAAAUCAUGGUGUAUCUGUGAAUGUGUAUAUGCAGCCUAUACACACAAUAUACAAGCUUUCUCUGGGCCAAACUGCUUCAUUCACUUUUUUUUUCUUUUUUUUUUUUUUGUUCCUUUCUCUUCUUUGCCUUAUGAUGAAUUUGUUUGAAGGGCAUUUUCUUCAGAACAAAGGCUUUGAUGCAUAUUCCUUUCUGCGUGAAACGGGGGUAGUAUUGUUCCCUGAGGAAAAUUGCACAGUGAAAACCAGUCUAGUUGUGACCCACUCUGUGUUUAAGUUUGUUUUUUUUUUUAAGUCACUAUCACACAAACUGAAUUUUGCUGACCAUGUUUGUAAUUUGUUGGUUUGUCUUAACGAAGUUUGGUUGAUGCCAUCCUUUGCACUGCUGAAGUGAAAUCUUGCUUAUUAAUUCCUUAGCUAUUUGCCGAUCCCGGUAUGGGCAGUGUAGCCACAAAACCAAAAUGGCUGGACAGACUUCUUGUGUUUGUAAAUAUAAAAAAAUGACUGUUCUGUAUAUGUGUUUUUUAUGUGAUAGUGGAGUAUUUCCUUCAAGUGAAGCUUCACUGGAGACAGUGAUGUUUUUUGUUUAGCAAGUUUAGAGUGAUGAUACAACUGUAAGAAAUAAUAUAAAUGUUGAAGAAAGCAUCACAACAGAACUGUAGGAGUCCCAAUUUAAUAAACCAUCCAAAAAAAAAAGAAAAAACCAAGUGUCUAGAAUAUACCAUGUUUAUUAUUUAAAAUCAUUGUCUUAAGUUUUUUGUUCAAAAAAUAAAAAUUUGAAUACAAUCAAAACAUUA